GUUAUAACCGGAUGUUCGAGUAUAAUUUCUCUAGUGUUCGAAAAACUUUGGUCGCGUAACGAUGAAUUUUCUGUGCGUAUUCUUUUACAUCUCGACUAUGGUGAUCUUUGGGUCCAGUUCACCUCAACAGGACGAUGGUGUGCUCGACAAGAUAAAAACGGGUUUCGAGUACGCGUCGAAUUAUCUGGAAACUGCAAAGGACAUUGCCGACUUGGUAGCGAAUAGCUUGGGCAGUAAGCAAAAGGAGAAACGAGGUGAGAACGAAGAUGCGAAGAAUAAGGCAAGUUUUGGCCCUUCCACCCUCAUGUCUGCUUUCUUUCGUCUCUUUGGAUUGGAUUCGCAGAAAGUUACAGCGAUUGCUGUGAACAGUGUCAUAUUCCUCGCACAAAUGAUAAGCUCGUUGUUCAAUUUGAAGCCGAAAGAGAAUUCUGGUAGAAGUUUGGAAGAUGAGAGUGACGCUUCGUCUUGGGAUCCAGCGAGACUAAUUACGGAGAGCAAGAACGAGAAAAUUCAGAAUUUAUUGGAACAAGCUCGAGACGAGAAUCUAGCGAGUCGGCUGAUCGAUAAAUUGGAUGGCGACGAUUCAUCGUGCAUCAGAUUGCUCGUAUGCAAAAUUUCACCUGUUAUCAAGGCGGCGCAAUAUUCUUUAAAGAACAAAAGUCAAGAUAAAUGGCAUCGAAUGACUUCUUGGCUACCGAAUAAAGACGAGUUCGAAGAAAACAGCGACGAAUGCGAAAACACGCAUACAGAUUGCAGUUUAUUUUUCUAGCGGUAGCUAUUGAAUCGGCCUGUAGUAGUUUAUUUAACUUUAUUUGCUACGAACUUGGUUCGGGAAGAAAUGAGGAUUGGCUCGAAGAAAUUUUUCGAAUACUUUGCACGAAACUGAACGCUUGGAAUUUCAUAUAUAUGCAUAUCUAUAUAUAUAUAAAAAUCUAUAUGGAAGAUAUUAUUUAUAAUUGAAACUCUAUGCGCGAGUAACUGUGUAUAAUGGAAUUGCUAGGAAUCAAAGAAUUGGUUUGCACAGCAUAUAUAUUUGCGUCCAUACAAAUAUAUACUAUAUUACAGAAUGUACAAGGUAUACCAAAAUUAAUUUACCGAACACUGCAUUUCUGCUAUAUUCUGCGAAUCGACGAAUGAAAAAGAAAAAAAGCAGUGAACUACCAUUUUCCUUUCUGGAAUAUGCACCAUUUAUUUUAAAUAAACUCCUCGUGAAUUAAA